AUGGCUGACGUUGUUUUGGCAAGUUCCUUUGACAGUUCAGCGACGAUCAUCUGAGAAUGUUUUGUUAUUUGUAAAUAUAUCGAUAACAGAAUCAGCCACAAUGUGUAAUUUAGAAUUAAGCGUAAUUUUACUUGUUUUUUUGGCUAGUUGUUGUGCAGUGAGUGAUAUGACAGAGAGUUCAUUCGGAAAAUAUCAAGAGGGUAUUAUUGCAGCUUUUGGGGAUUUUAAUUCUGAUGAGUUGACUGAUGCGUUUGUGAUAAAAAAUUACUCAAGCGUGGAAGUUUAUCUCGCUUACGACAAAGAACCGUUUAUGAGGCCAUCAGAUUAUGCUUGUAAUUUUAGUAAUAUUGUGAUAACAAGUAUAGUUCCAGGUGAUUAUGAUGGAGAUGCAUACAUGGACAUAUUGUUGACUACUCAAAGUGUAAACGAUACUUCUAAUCUGCACACGGUUAGAAUAUUAUGGGGUGGGGAAUCAACUUUAAAUUGUUCAGAUGCUCUUUUUAUAAAAGCAAUUUCAGUAGGUCAACCAUUAGUAAUGGAUUACAAUCGAGACAUGAUUCUUGAUCUGUUUGGCAUCAAUGCACAAAAGCAAAGAGUAUUCUGGAUAUUUGGCAAGGCUCGGACAACACCUGUUGAAAAGGCUAUGGCUGAUGAUUCAUUGAAGAUGAUCAAGCUUCCACACUCACAUUCCUUUUUAGAUGUUAAUGAUGAUGAUGCUGCAGACCUCCUUGUUACAACCAAUUCUAAUGUUGAAGUGUGGCUGAAUGAUGAACUGGAUGGAUUCAGAUAUAGUAACAGUAUUGAGCUGCUUGUGGGCCAUCCUACUAUAUAUGGCCAAGCAUUGUUCCUUGAUGUGGCACUGUCUGGGCAGUUCUUUUUAGUCAUACCUGUGUGUUAUGACCUCCAGUGCUUUAAUAGUACCAUUUUCAUUUACGAUAAUAAUGAGUGGCAUGACCUGCAAGUGGACUUCAAUGAUGGUAAAGGAACAUUGUGGAGAUUUGUCCCACCUAGGAAUGAAGUGUAUCUAGAUACCCUCACCAUGAGGAGUGGAGAUUACAACAUGGAUGGGUACCCAGACAUCCUAGUGACCCUGAGCCCAGUUAAUAGUAAUGAAACUAGAGCAUUUCUUCUUCAUAACACUCCAUGCAUCCUUCCUGGAUGUAAGUUUUUUAGAACAUUUGAUGUCCAAUGGGAUAAAUUUGAUUCCUUCGGGAAUGAUGUAGUAAUGGCCACAUUCUUUGAUUUCUACAUGGAUGGUAUUUUAGACAUAAUCUAUGUUAAGAAAAAUGUGACUACACAGAAGUACACAAUGCAUUCAUUUAAGAAUGAACUGGAAUAUGACACUAACUUUAUCAAGGUUAUAGUGGUCACUGGUCUUACUAACCCUAAGAUACCAAUUAGUAAUAGAACUAUUUAUAAUAGAAAAGCAACAUUUGGAACUAAUCUCCCAGGCCCCAAGAUAGGAUACAAUACCUGGUCACAGGAAGGCACCUACAGGACAGGUGUCUGUGCACAACUCCCUCAGUCUGCAUACUUUGCUUUACAGCUGCCAUACUCCAUAUUUGGCUUGGACCGCACACCCAACUUUGUUGAUUCCCUGAAUGUUGGCCUCUCAGGGAAUUCAAGAAGUUGGACUCAAAUCAUUCCAAAUUCACAAAUAGUGGUGAUACCCGCCCCACCCAAUGAUCCUUCUCAGUGGAAGGCCCAAUUGUUUGUGACCCCUAGUAAACUUAUUCUUAAAAGUGUGUUUGUGUUGACUGCUAUCUUAAUUAUAAUUACUGGACUUGUUCUGUAUUUGCAUUGGAAGGAAAGGAAUGACAGACAGGAUAUCAUAGAAAUUGAUGAGAAGACUUAUGUCAAAAUAUAAUGAAGUAUUAUUAGUUACUUUUAAAUUUUUUAAGUGUAUAACAUAUAACCUGUACAAUAAGACUUUAUUUUCUGUUAUAAA